AUGUUCAUCAAAAUGAGUUCUCCUCUUACGCCAUUAUCGCCACGCUUGGCUGCGACCACGGCUAAAUGGAGAAAUCGCGUGCCUACCCAAGUACGCAGAUUAAUACCGAUCUACACCAUCUGUAUCUGCGUUCUUAUUCUACUCUUGAACACCGACAUCCUACCAGCACGCGAAGAACCAGACGUUUUCAAAAGAAACGCAGCGAAGCGCCGACUUGAGAAAGGUCAUGAUGGUACAGGAUUUCCUAAGAAGAUCUGGCAAACCUGGAUGACUAGUCCUUUCUCCAUGCAGCAACGGGAUUCAGACACGGCAAAAACAUGGGUAAUAAGAAACCCGAACCACAGAUACGAGGUAUUGACGGACGACAAUGCCUUGGGAUACGUGGAGGAGAAGUACGGACCUUAUGGAUUAGACAGGCCGGAUAUCGUGGAGAUGUUCCGCGAAGUAAAUAUCACCAUCAUCAAAGCCGACCUGCUGCGAUAUCUUGUCAUGUAUGCCGAAGGUGGAGUGUAUGCAGACAUCGACGUCGAAGGCCUGAAGCCAAUUCAUAGAUUCAUACCGGAGAGAUAUGACGAAUCACAAAUGGACUUGGUGAUUAGUGUCGAGAUUGAUCAACCAGAUUUCAAAGACCAUCCCAUUCUCGGCAAGAAGUCUCAGUCCUUCUGCCAAUGGACAUUCAUGGCCAAACCAAGACAAGCAGUCAUGAUGCGACUGGUGGAAAAUAUCAUGAUCUGGCUUGAUGGUGUCUCAAACGAGCAAAAGGUUCCUGUUAGUCAAAUUGUUUUAAGUUUUGACGAGGUGAUCGGUGGGACGGGGCCGUCCGCGUUCACGGCUGCUGUCCUACAAGAGAUGAAUGCGCAAGGCAGCAACAGGAAAACAACAUGGAAUGAUUUUCAUAAUCUUGACGAAUCCAAGAUUGUGAGCCGUGUUCUGGUUUUGAACGUAGAGACCUUUGCAGCGGGCCAAGGACAUUCAGACUCCGGAAAUCACAACAGUCGCGGUGCUCUGGUGAAACAUCAUUAUCAUGCAUCUAAUUGGCCAAGUAAACACACGAGAUACUCUCAUCCCGUAUAUGGCGAGGUUGAGAGAUGCAAUUGGAACCAUGACUGUGUACGAAGCUGGGAUGAGAACGUUGCAGAAUUUUCCAAGAUGUCGCCAGAGCAACAACAGCAAAGACUGGCCGAGCCAAAACCCGAACCGAUGGGACCUGGCUUUAAUGGCUUUGUUCUUGAAGAAAAAAAAAAGAAAAGGCAGCACAACCAAUAG